AUGUCAUACUAUUUCACCAUCAUCGGCACAAGAGACAAUCCUCUUUUCGAACAUGAAUUUGGCACUUCCAAGGCUGGAGGAGACGGCAUUGCUCGCUUCCGUGAUGAGGCCAGACACAUGAACCAAUUCAUCGUUCACAGCAGUCUCGACAUCGUCGAAGAAGUACAGUGGGGAAACAACGGACUCUAUCUCAAGAACGUUGACCGCUUUCAAAACAACCACAUACACUGCUUCAUAACUGGCGGCAAUGUUAAAUUCAUGUUACUCAUGAAUCCAGAUCCUUCCUCUACUACCUACUCUACCUACCCAGCUGCUGCACCGCAAAGACAACAUCCUUCAAUCACUGCUAGACAGAGCACAUUACUGGCCAACAACCCGACUAGUGCCCAAACCGAAGAAGCUGUCAGGCAAUUCAUGACCGACGUAUACGAAGCUUGGAUCAAAUGUAUCAUGAAUCCAUUUUAUGUCGUCAAUGGUCCCGUGACCAGUCCGGUCUUCAGGGGUCGUGUAGCCGCUGCUGCGAAAAAGUAUCUCUGA